AUGAUAAGGAAUCGUAAUUUUGUGGAACAAGCUCCCACUCGUGUUACGGCAAUUAGGAACCACAAGGAAAAUAUUAGAAAUUUGGCAAUUCAACUUCAUUUCAGAAUUUCAAUGAUACUAUUCUUGAUAUUAGGUAGAAAUUUAUCUACUCAUAGUAGAGUGGGUGGAAUGUUUGAAAGAAAUGAAAACUUUCUAUCUAAUGUUUUACCAGAAUAUCUCGUUUUAUAG